GCCGGCGCGAGACUUCAAGCCGUGGUUUGCGGUGCGGUUCGUGCGGUGCGGUGCGGUGCCGAGAUACUCGUAAUAAAAAUUAAUCCGUUUAGGAAUUCGAAAGAAUAAUGACUGCUGCCUGCCGGAGACACAAAAGCUUCAAUUAAGAAUUCAAGAGAAGCCGCAUCAUCCGAACGAUCCCGACGAGAUCCCAUCAUCCGCAUCAUCAUCGUAUCCCCCCCCCCCCCCCCCCCCGAUUGUAAUCCCUGGAAGAUAUGGAGGAGGACGUGUUGAAUGCCCUGCAGACGCGCAGCGCCUAUCUGUCCGGCGGCUUCGAUCGCCAGAAGCGAAUCAUUUUCGUUGUGAAUGCCUUCAACGAUCUACAGCUGUGGAAUCGUCGCUAUCUCCAGCUGACUCUCGACUAUCUCAAGCGUUCGCUCAGCGCUUCAGUGCUGCAGAACGGCGUCAGCGUGAUCGUGAAUGCCCAGGAGAGCAGCAGUCGGAUCAGCCGCCAGCAGGUGCGCCAGAUCUACAGCCUCUUUGGGGGCGACAUCAGUGUGGACCUGUAUCUAGUCAGGGCGGAGGGAUUCUGGGAGAAGCACGUGGAGCCGUGCGCCAAAUCGCAGACCAAAGGAGAGCCUUUGGUGCUGUCCAGGUCGCGUCUGGCGAAAUUCAUCGAUCUGCACAACCUGCCGGAGGAGCUGGGCGGCACACUGCAAUUCAACUACGAUCUGUGGCUGCAACAGCGCAAGGCCAUUGACGAGUUCACCAAGUCGCACGUCCAGACUUUGGGCGCCAUGGAACAGCUGCUGGCUCUGUUGCGGGCCAACAAGGCGAUGCGGCCAACGGAAGCGGAUGCGGAGCUCAAGAAGUGCGCCCAACUGCAUGCCCGGGUCCAAGGCAGCAUCGAGGCGGCCAUCGAGAUGGGUAACGCGAUCUUGGCGCGCUUCAACGAGGUCUACGAGCCGCAAGCGGCCGCACCUGUUGCACUCGAUAGCCCAGCCCCUGCUCCAGCCCCGGCCCCUGCCACCGCCGCGAUGGCCCCUCCUCCGCCGCAGAGAGGGCCCCCGCUGCCGCCGGACCUGUGCUGCGAGCGGACCCGCAUCGAGCUGCGGCUCAACGAAAUCGAGAAGAAGCAGACGGCGAUACGCACCGCCUGGCUGGAGCUGCUGCGCUCUCUGCGGGAGGCCCGCGAGCGGGGGACACUCGAGGAGGGUGUGGCCUUCGUCACGAACUGGAUCCUGCAGCAGGCGGAGCAGCUGCUGGGCCGCCAGCGGAGCGUGGGAGGGGACGUUCGGGGAUGCGAGACCCUGCGCUCCGCCCACGAUCAGCUGGAGCUCGAGUGCCGCGACACCUACGGCUGCUACGCCGAGCUGCUCUACAAGAUCGAGACGUUUUCCAAGGACCGGCAGGCCGAGCAGGUGCAGGACCUCCUCUCGCAGCGCGAUUUCAUGCAGUUCGUGUGCCGCUCCUUUGCCAAGCGUCUGGAGCGCAGGAGGAACAUCCUAAUGACGGCCUUGCGGUACCACCGCCUGCUGGAACACUUCGAGGAGCUGCUGACCACCGGUAACCAUGUGGUGGAGGUGGAGAGCCGCUCCCUCGAGUGGCACGAGGCGGAGCAGCUCCUCCUGCAGCUGAAGACGAACCAAAACAUGUUGGGCAACAUCGAACGCGAACUUGUGCGCGAGGGCGAGAAGCUCAGCGACAUGUUGGCCAUGCCGGUGAAAGACGCCCUGGGCCGUGACCUCCAGCUGGACUACAGCCCCGAUAUCGCCCGACUGCGACGCCAGCUCGACGCCAGCCGCACCAGACGUCAGGUGUGCGGCCAGCGGCUGGCGCUGCAGCGGCUCACCUUGGAGCAGGUGACCCACAUCCAUGCGUACGAGGAGGACGCGCGGCGGGCCAGGGACUGGCUGGGCGAGCUCUAUGCGGUCUUGUUGCAGUGUCACUCCCAUGUCGGCUGCAACAUACACGAGAUCCAGCUGCAGAAGGACGAGCUGCAGGGGUUCGAGGAAACCGGUCGGAGCAUCUACAACUAUGGCUGCCAAUUGGUGGAGGCCUCCCAGACAUUGCGUCUCUGCUGCAAACUGGAACGAAAUGCGACUGGAACCGGAAACGAGUCUGAGCCGCAGCACAUCUCCCACCAGCUGCAGCACACCUGGCACAGCCUCCAGUCGAUUGCCCAGGAGCAGAUGACCCGCCUGCGCGUCUCGGCGGUCUUCCACCGCAGCGUCGAGGCCUACUACCGCCAGCUGCGGGAGCUCCGCCCGCUGCUGACGAAGGAGCUCUCCGCCCAGCUGCAGCAGCAGCAGCGUCAGCAGCACAAUCGCAGCAGCAGUGGGAUCAGCAGCGAUGCCGAGGCCGAGACGGAGGCGGAACUGUCGCCGGGCGGACCCUCGCUGGGGGAGCUGCCGCCGCGGCUGCAGCGUCACCUGCUGGCCCGGGAGCAGCUCCUCGUGGAGGUGGGGCGCAUGGUGCGGCUGGGUAGGCUGCUCAAGAAGCGACUGAAGGAGCCGUUUGUCUUGGAUGCCCUCACGGGCAAAAGCGUCGUGGCCGAUGAACUGCCGCUGGACAGCAGCCCCAGUCCCCUGCACGCGGACAGUGGACGGACCAGCAGUGCCAGUGGCAGCGAAGUCCCCGGGGAGUCCCCGCCAGCAGCCACUUUGAGGAUUGUGCCCACGGGGAGCAAUGAGCUGGCCUGCGCUGCCAUCUCCCACAAGCUGGGAGCCAUUGCCGAGGUGGCCGAGUCCCUGGACGCCGUCAUCCGGGAUGUCCAGCAGCAGGAGCAGGCCGGCGGCGGUGGCCCCACUGGGAUGUCCAGCACGAAUGGAGGCAGUGGCGGACAUGGCCACAAAAAGUUGGGCAGCAUUGAGGACUGGCAGUCGCGCUCCACGGAGGAUGAAUCCUUUGCCACCGCCUCGGAGGGCAACUUUACACCCAACUCGCAUUCGUCCUCCUUCCAAACGGCCUCCUAUAUAGGCUCCGCCAAGAACUCCUUCGACGAGGCUGACGACUCCACCCUGAGCACCUUCGAAAUCCCCGAACAGCCGCCCUCGCCGGUGAACAUGUCCUUUGACAGCUCAGAGCUGAGCUACUUCUCGGCCCGGCAACAGCAGACCCUCAAGAGCGAGGACCAGGAUAGUGUGGUGGGUGUGGCCGAGCUGCACAGCCAGAGUGUCACCCCCACACCGGACGAGGAUCAGGAACAGCGGGAGUUUCUGCUGCCGCUGCCCCUGCCCCAGGCCAUCGAGUCGGACAGCGAAAUGGAGGGCUUCAGCCUGGCCACCGGCAUCACCACAGAGCUGGGUCCACGCUCCUCCACUGCCCACACACCGGAGGUGAGUGCCACGAGGUGUGCGUCCUCCUCCGCUGCCGCUGCCUCUGCUGCUGCCACUGCUGCUGCCACUGCUUUCGAUCCAGAUUCCACUAACCCCAACGAACCGAAGCCGCCAGCCUCCUGGCGGCGCAGUAAAUACUACGAGAACAUAACGAAACAAACGAUCAAGGGGUUCCUCUGAUCCUCCGCAGUCACCCUUCCCCCCGCCCCGCAGAGGUCUGUCUGUGCCACCAAUUAUUACGCGUCAUUUGCUGCCCCGAAAAUGCUUGCCAUUAAUUACUAGAAAAAUUAGUUGGCGUCUCUUCUUUUUGAUGAAUUUUCUCUCCCUCUCUCUCUCUCUCUUUCUAAAUUUAUUUUUGCUCAUGAGCUAAAAUGCGUUUUCCCUUUCGUUGUGUUUUUGUUUUUCACGUUGCCUUUGCAUGAGUUUUCCUUUUGUUCCAUGUGUUUUUUUUUUCUAAUAUUUUAGUUGAAAUUUAGUUUAAGGCUUUUGCAAAAUUAGAGAAUUCCAAAACGCUUCAGCGAUGAUUUGAUGGAAAAUUAGUUCGAAACGAAUGCUGGAUGACAGCUCCUCUCCAGGAAGUCAAAAUUUUGCCAUUAAUUACAUAAUUUAUCGAUACACAAUAUAUUUAUUUAUAAUUAUUAUUUUUUUGUAUUUUUAUUUAUAAUUUUUUUUUUUCCAAUUUAGUCACAACAAAUAUAGUGCAAUUAAUAUGAA